AUGGGUGUUCUUAAAUUAGCACAUAUCAAUGCGCGAUCACUCACAAACAAUUUUGAUGAAUUUCAAGAUCACGUUAUGCAUAACAAUUAUGAUGUAGUUGCAGUUUCAGAAACUUGGUUGCAAAAUACUCUUGAUACAGAUGCUAUUAACUUAUCUAAUUAUAAUUUUUUUAGGAAGGAUCGAGGAAGUAGAGGAGGUGGAGUCGGAAUUUAUAUUAAGUCUUACUUCAACUGUUCCGUUAUUGCUAUGGAAAAUUCUGAUAGUUAUGAACAACUUUCGAUAAAAGUUUUAGACAAACAUAAGGUAGUGUAUGUUGUUGGGGUGGUUUAUAGACCUCCUCAUGGUAAUCUAAGCGAUUUUUUGGAUAAUUUCGAAGAAGCACUUAGUACUAUUAUUUCAAUUCACGAAAAAGUUUUCUGUUUGGGUGAUUUUAACAUAGAUCUCUUAAAACAUGAUGAUAAUAUGGUUAUAAAGUAUCGUUCUAUGUUGGACGUAUUUGGUUUAUCUCAAAUUAUCGAAUGUCCUACACGUAUAGCUAAGGAUUUUUUCUCAUUAAUCGAUCACAUCCUUGUCUCUGAACAUAAGUCAAUCUUGAGCAGCGAUACUGUAAGCUCCAAUAAUUUCUCUGAUCAUGAUUAUGUUGUUUGCAAUGCAGAAUUGGACUAUUGUCAAAUUCAUACGUCUAUUUUUAGCUUUAGGAAUUUAAAAGAUUAUGUGGGGGUAGCUGCUUCAUUUGAAGAUGCCUUAAUGGAAGUAGCGUGGAGUGAUAUUUAUACAUUACCUGAUGUUAACCACAAGGUUGCUUUUCUAUCACGUAACUUGCUUUCCCUUUUUGAUGAUUUCUUUCCCAUUAUAACGGUUACAUCCCGUAAACCCAAAGCACCUUGGCUCACCGACAAUAUCAAAUUGAUGAUGAAACUUCGUGAUAAUGCUUAUCGCCGGUUUAAAAAAACGAAAAAGAAUGGCCAUUGGGAGUAUUAUAAAUCUUUAAGAAACCUUGUAACAUUCUCCAUCAAACAGGAAAAGAAAGCUUAUUUAAAUUUCAAGCUAUCCAAUGGCGAUAAAUCAUCUCUCUGGCGAGCCGUCAAAGACUUGGACAUCUAUAAAAAACAUAAUGCUAAACUACCUAACGAGUUAAACAAACCCGAUGAAAUUAAUAGAUUUUUUAAUCAAUCCAUUUCUAAUAGCUCUAUUGCCACACAGAGCCAACAUUUAAAUUGCUAUAAUACUAUACAUCAUAGCGUUAACGAUAAAUUUAAAUUCCAUUCUGUGAGGAAACAUAUACUUAGUUAUGAAAAUUAUUAA